UAGUACUAAGUGUUUAGAAGUGGGAACUAAAAUGUGGGAGAGAGAGAGAAAAGCGAGGAUGAGGGAAUCAGCGGUGAUAAUAGUGGGAGGUGGAACAUCGGGCAUAGCCACCGCAGCAUGCUUAACGAAGCAAUCAAUACCUUACAUACUCCUCGAGAGAGAAGAUUGUUUCGCUUCUCUGUGGCAGAAGUACACCUACGAUAGGCUGCACCUCCACUUGAGGAAGCAAGUGUGCCAGCUACCGCACCUUCCCUUUCCCACCACUUACCCUCACUACGUGCCUCGGAAGCACUUCAUCGACUACUUGGGAAACUACGUCCACCACUUCGAUAUCAACCCUCUCUACCAGCGCUCGGUGGAGCUCGCGGAGUACCACAGCAGGGGGAGAUGGAGGGUCAGGGCCAAGAACCGAUGCUCCGGCGAGAUGGAGGAGUACGCCGCGAGGUUCUUGGUGGUGGCCAGCGGCGAAACGGCGGAGCCCAAUGUGCCGCCGGUUGAAGGCUUGGCGAGUUUCAAUGGGAAAGUGAUUCAUUCGACGGGGUACAAGAACGGGAAGGAGUUUAGGGAUCAACAUGUUCUCGUUGUUGGAUCUGGAAAUUCUGGAAUGGAGAUUGCACUAGAUUUGGCCAAUUUUGGUGCCAAACCUUCCAUCAUUGUUCGCAGCCCGGUUCAUUUUCUGUCGAGGGAUAUGAUGUAUUAUGCGUCGCUUAUGCUCAAGUAUCUGUCGCUAAGUACGGUGGAGAAACUGUUGGUGUUUGUUAGCAGGAUUGUGUAUGGGGAUCUGAGUGACUAUGGGAUACCUUUUCCCACGGAAGGGCCUUUUACUAUGAAGAUGAAGUAUGGUAAGUUCCCCAUCAUUGAUUUGGGAACUGUCAAGAAAAUCAAAUCUGGUGAGAUACAGGUGUUGCCAGCGGAAAUUGAGUGUAUAAGAGGUAACGAAGUUCUGUUCCGGGAUGGCAAAUCGCACACGUUUGACUCAAUUGUUUUCUGCACAGGCUUCAAGAGGGCAACUCAAAAGUGGCUUAAGGGGGGUGAUGAUCUUCUGAAUGAGGAUGGUUUUCCAAAGCCUAGUUACCCGAAUCAUUGGAAGGGUCAAAACGGUUUGUAUUGCGUUGGAUUGUCAAGAAGGGGUUUCUUUGGAGCCAACAUGGAUGCCCAAAACGUUGCAAAUGACAUUGUCUCGUUAAUUCCUCAAGAAGAAAGAGAAGGAGUUGGUGUCAUGUAAAAUUCAAGAUUUGAUCUAUCAUGUUCGGCUUCAUUAUAAACUUGGUUGCAGAAAACAAACACUAUAAACGUGCUAUGCCAUAUAUAUGCUGCCUUUUACAUUACAAUAGACAUUGCAACAACCCAUUCAACAAUGUGUAUCAUAAUAGUACAUUUUUUUUAAUGUCUAUACCAUUCCAUUUUCUUUUUUA